AUGGCCUUCUCAGACAAGCUAUUCUUGCUCUCCGUUCUGCUCCUCUCCGUUGCUUCCAUCAGCCACGGCGCCGAUUUGAUUACCAAAGAAUGUGGGAACACCUCCGCCACCAACGAGGCCUUGCAAGCCAACAUCAACAGCAUCAUUCUCGACCUGGUGACAAAGACUACCUCCACCGGCUUCGCCAACUCCACCUACGGCUCCGCUAACGACACCGUCUAUGGCACCGCGGAGUGUCGGGGAGACAUCAGCGGCCAAGACUGCUCCGCAUGCAUCAUCGCCGCCGGACUAGAGAUACGAACAUCAUGCACGAAUACGACCGAAUCACGCAUUUGGUACCAACAGUGCUCUCUUCGCUACAGCACCACGAACUUCAUCGGCCAGAUGGAUACGAACCUGCUCGGUGUGUGGGCAUCGACGAAUAAGAUGGCGGAUCCGCAGGCGUUCAAGAAGGUAUUGAAAGAGCUAUUUAUUGUACUAGGAUUGGCGGCAUCAAGUGGAGAAAGCAGGAAGUUUGGGUGGGGGGAGAUUGAGAGCAAUGUUGUCAAUAACAACAAGACAAUUAUCAUCUAUGGAAUGGCACAGUGCACAUCAGAUCUGCAAGGACCGGACUGCUUAAAAGGUUUGGAUGCGGCGUACGGUGUUUUACAGUCUUCUUGUGGAGACCUGAGAGGAUGCUAUGUUAUGUUUAAGAGUUAUGCCAUUAGAUAUCAGGAUUCGCCGUUUCUCUUCCUGAAUGCUGCCGCCCCGACUCCUGCUGCCACUACUCGCAAUAUUACCUAUGCCAAUACUUAA